AUGUAUGACAUAACAUUUCCAGCGGAUUGUAAAAGUCUCCCUGAUGGAUUCUGGUCCGCGGUGGAUGUGUGGAUACGGAGACCUCACGUAGUCAACAAGCGCUUAUGUGGAGUCACAGAGACUGAAAGCCGAGACGUGGACGAGGUCGCUUUGGGCUCACUUCUCAAUGGCCUUUCAGACCAUACACUCACUUUUCUGAACAGUGGAGCCUCUCACACACAUGCUCACAACAAUAACCUACAAUGGAGCUACAGUACCAGGACUUACAUUCCUAAAGUAAACUGCUAUGGGUCAAAGCAGCAUAAAGAAGUUAUUCUCAAAUGUAAAGACUCUCCUCAAGUGACGUUUCUGCCUUUUGAGGAGGAUGCAGAUGGCCAGGUGUUUUUCAAAGAGAGCAACUUUUAUCAAUUCAGAUUAUCCUGCCAGGACAUUGACAAAUGGUCUUUGGAGCUGCAUGUUUUGUCCCCAAGUCGAUGGUUCUCUGAUGGUGUUGCCUACCCGAAACUGCCCUGGUUGGAGUCCGAGCUGCUUCCUAAACUUGUGCGAUGGGCGACUGAAUGUAAAACCAGCGAGUUUAAAAGCACCUUGUCUCUGUUGCCAGUGGAAAAGUACAGCCUCAUGUACCAGCAUCUUAAAGACAAGUAUAAGGCAAUGGUUAAGGUUUGGCCAGAAGUGACGGAUCCAGAGAAGUUUGUGUAUGAAGAUGUUGCUAUUGCUACAUAUUUACUGGUGCUGUGGGCCGAGGAGCGGAACGAGAAAGGCCUCACUGACCCUCAGUCCUUUGUGGACCUCGGCUGCGGAAACGGCCUUCUGGUGCACAUACUGACCAAUGAAGGGCACCCUGGAAAGGGCAUCGAUGUUCGGAGGAGAAAGAUCUGGGACAUGUACGGCCCCCAGACUCUGCUCGAGGAAAAGGCAAUUAUUCCCAGCGAGUCCUUCUUAUUCCAGCAUACGGACUGGCUGAUUGGGAACCACUCGGACGAGCUCACACCAUGGAUCCCUGUCAUCGCUGCCAGGUCGUCUUACUCCUGCCGCUACUUUGUCCUCCCGUGUUGUUUCUUCGACUUUUAUGGAAAAUACCAGAGGCGCCAGUGCAAGAAGUCGCAGUACAAAGAAUACAUCGACUUCAUCAGUGAGGUCAGCCAAGUGAGCGGCUUCAACACGGAGGAGGACUGCCUGAGGAUACCGUCCACCAAACGGGUUUGCCUCGUGGGAAAGUCGAGAAACUACAGCCAAUCGUCCGCGAGUGAAGCCGAGCAGCAAAGAACUCUCUUCAUCCAGAGCCGACCGAAGGCCCCUGGGAUCACGGCCCACGGGUCGGAGGCGGGGGCUGACGACAGCACAGGGACCCCAGGGACCCAAUGGGGAGCCGGAUUUCAGCCCCGAGAUAAAGUGGAGAGCGUGAGGAACUGCGCCUCUCUUCCGCGGGACCUGGUGGAGGGCGUGGUCCUGCAGGUGGCCCAGGCGCUGCUGGGGAUGAGGGGAGAAGACUCGGACUGGAACAGAGGAGGCAGCCUCUCGGUGAGCGAAGUGGCCGCUCUACUGCAGCAAGAAACUUUGACUAGGCUCAAAAAGGAGUGUGGCGGUCUCCAGACGCUGCUCAAGAACAACCACCAGGUAUUCAGAGUGGAAGGCGGCGUGGUGCACAUACGGGACUGGCGAGACUCGAAGCCCACCCCCCGGGACGUGAAGAGGAGGCCUGUUGCCCCCGGCGCCCUGAAAACACGGCUGUGCUGGUUUCACACGCACCACGCUCAGGGCUGCCCCCUAGAGGUCGGACAGUGCCCCUUUGCCCAUGGACCUGAUGAUCUCCGAGCCUCCACCAGACCCCUGAAAAAACCCAGGAGUGAAGACUGUCAACCAUGGAUUUAUCACUAA